AACUGUUUCUAGUUUUAACUGGCUAAAGUACCUAUCUAUGUGGCCAUGCCUAUCAGUUUGAAAAAUAAUGUAUAAAUUAUUGUCAAUAGUUUAAAACAAUAUUUUUAUAAUAUAAAACAAAUAUAAUGGAAGACUCAGAAACUACACCUCCAGUUAUCCCAUCAGUACAAAACACAUCCAGAGAACCAAGUAACAUAUCACAAAAAGAUUUGAGCAUAAGAUCGCAAAAUAUUUUAGAAGCAGUUGAUCAUCAUGAUGCCACACCAAUUCAGGAACUAUUGCAAACAGAUCAAUUGUCAAUGCCCGCACCGACAAUAACCAAAGUCACUACACCACCCCCCGCAUCACCAAUAAGUGUUACAAAUCGAUCGACACCUUCACCUCAAUUGACUAGCAGUCCGACCCGAAUCUCCAAAUCUCCACAGCCAAAGGCAUCAGUGGAAAUUUCUCUUCAAAGUGAAACAUCUGCAAAAAGAACUUCAUUUUCGAGUUCACCUCAAAGAAAAAGUCCCAAUAAAUCUGGUCGUGCUGUAGAACAAAUAGUAGAAGCUGUUGCGGCGCUUGAGCCUAAAGGAAAAAACAUUACUGAAAAUGUUAGUAAACUGGCUGAAACAUUUAAUAACUUAGUGAAGAAUGCAACCGAUCCAAAUUCCCCGUACAUAACCGAUAAUAUAGACAAAAUUACAAAUAUGAGUAGAGCGCUUACUAAUGAAGCCAGUGCCUUGCGUCAGUCUAUAAAUAGUUUGACUAAAGAUAUUGAGAAGACUAAACAAAAUCUGAUGUCAGUAAAGGAAGAAGAUGUAAAUUUUCCCUAUCAUCUCUUCCUGGUUGAAUUGAUUAUAAACAAGAUUCACAUGAAAUGUGAUUGUUUUGAUUUUGAUUUUAAUAAUUUGGUUAUAUCUGCGACUUUUUUAGGAAAACAGCCUAUUGUGUUGUACGAUCCAUCUUACGGAAGAAUAGAUAAUUUCAGCAAAGUAAACGUUGGAAAGUCCACGUUAUUUGCAAUGACUUACGACAAAAUAUGCAGUAUCAAAGAAUUCGAAAUAGUUAUACAGCUGACGAAGCAACCGCCAUGCACAAGCUGCGUUACAAAGAUAGGAGAAACGCGUAUGGAUUAUACGAAAGAAUUUAUCGCGUUGCGUGAAGAACUUUGUACGAAGUGGUUAGAGCAGCAGCCAAAUGACAAUAUUGUAUGCACUACGUCCACUCCACUGUCCAAAAAUUUGUAUUAUUUGUCAUGCGGCGAUGAUGAUAAUCGAGAUUCCAUAGGAGUUAUUCAAGUAACAACGAGGAUGUCAUUCUUGGGGAAGGAAAUUACUACUACAUUUUGUACUUCACCACAACCGCAGGGGACAUCUUUCCUCUUAAAAAAAGAUAAUGGUAUGACGAUGUACUCGUGCCAUAAAGUAGAAAUGGAUGAUCAUGGAAAAAUUUUGCUGGACGAAAGUAGCGUGACUAAAAAAACACCGCCGUGUAAUCAUCAUUCACCGUCAAGACGUGGAAGUCCGAUGUCGCAACUUUCUCCGUUGUCCUCUAAACGCUCAUAUGAACCAGUCCCUUAUAAGUACCAUCAUGAUAACUUUCCAAAAUACGAUGAAAUAUUUACUAAGAUGAACGCAAAUGAAUUAAAAAUAAGGGUUCCUAAGAGUUCCAAAGUAGACAGAAUUGGCAAAUAUGAUAAAAUUCAAGAAUUAUGUGCUUGUGAGGAGACACCUUACAAUACAGGGGAUCAAAUACAAUUUGAAUUGCCGCGAGAUCUUUGCAACCCCGAUAAAACCCAUAAUAACUAUUCUUCAAACUUGAAAUAUACGUAUAACGGAUGUGACAGGACAUGCGACGUGAAGGAUAGGAAAAUAAUUAAUGUCACACCUUUAAACUGUCCAGUGCCCGUCGCCAUGGAGAAGGAAAUUCAUCCUUUGAAGGAUGUGUUCAUUCUUAAGAUCGGGAAAAAAUUGGAGACUAAAGACAAAAAGACAGAUUUAGAAAUAGAAUUAGUGACACCAAAGUCACCACAUGAUAAGCUCGUUGAGAACAAGCCAAACAUUUCGCAGCAAUGUAGUUCUGAUGAUAUUAAAAAGAAAACAUCGGGUACGAAGAAAAAAGAAAAAGGCAAAGCAAAGGCUGUGAAAUCAAAGAAGAAAGGAAAGAAAACCAAACGAUAAAACAACAGCAUUCUAACAUUGUUAUCAUCACUUGAAUUUUAUUUCCAAUAACCACUGUAUCUUGUUGUUGAUCGAUGUUUUUACGAUUAUAAAGAUUUUGUUAUAUA